GUCCUCCCGACCGUAAACUGUACAGACACACACCUUCGUCGCUCCUUUCCACCUGGCACCAUGUCGCGCCAGUGUCGCUAUUCGCGUGUGUUUAUUAUUUGCCCACUGAGUUCCCACAACCCCAUUUAUCCUGCUCCACCUUGCAAGAACCACCACGCGAUUUCGGGUCUUACGGUCGGUCAGAUCGCUCAAUAAGCCCAACUCAGGAACCAGCCACAUCCUCAAUUUCCCCCCAAAAAACCCGUCCCAAAUAGACCAAAAUCCAUCCAGUUAUACCCAUUUUUGUGUCUAGCGUGUUCAGAAUGGACAGAAUCUUGUACAAAUCGGACAUCUUGGACCCCACCUCGGGGUUCCCUGUCUACAUCUUUGAUACCUCGUUCUUGCCCUCCACAGAGUCCAUAAAUUACGAGGAAUUCAUUCCUACUUUGAUGACAGGUCUCCCCACCAGUCCAUACGUGUUAAUCAUGUUCAGUUGUGGGCUCAACAAGAUCAGCUGGAUCUGGGGCAUCAAGUUCCUCAAGAAGUUUUUGGCCGACUCCUCCAAUUUGGAUAACUUGCUCAAGAUCAUCACUGUGCACGAUAGUUGGUUCGUCAAGUCCAUCACCCAGAUCUUUGCCAACUACAACAUGACCAAGAAGAACUUUGCCCAGUUGAACAAGCUCAUCGACACCUUCACCAUCACUACUCUUGGCGACUUGUUGACCUCAGGGGUCGAGACUGGUCCCUCCAGUAGCGUCACCAAAAAUGUCAUUAUACACUGUUCUAGCAUAUCGCAAUUGAGCAACUACGUCGAUAUCACAAAGCUCAAGAUCUCCUUGAACGUCUACAAGCAUAAUCUCUUGAUUGAAAACGAGAUCAAGCUCGCAAUGAGAUACACUCCCUUGCUCAACCCAUAUACCAAGCUCCACCCUCAGACCAACCCGGUAUUUUACCAUCAUUUCUAUCAAAUAUUCAAUAUCAUCAACAAUUACGGAGACAAGGUGGAAUUGUUGUUCCAUAAGCCGGGAAACAAAAUCAACACAGACGUGUUUUACCAGUGCAUCGAUAGAAAUCAAUUGAUCUGGAUUAAUGAUUGGGACCUUUAUUGUAUUUCGACUGGUUUUAAGAGGAUAUUGAUGGAACUAUCGAGCCCACUUAUAUCAUCGAGCAUAAUUCCACUACCAAUCAAAGACGACUUCACAUACACAUUCAACACAUUCCAAAAAAUUUUCUCUGUUCAUUCCCAAGAUGCAUCCAACGAGUUUGGUCAAUUAUUGGUCCAGAUCUGUGAUUUGUGCCAUAAAAUACUUAAGAACAAUGAUAUCACAAAGCAUACCCCACUCACACUUUCGAAGAGCUUGUGUUACAGUCUCAGUCACGAGCUUAUAUCGUCCCACAAUAAGGACAGCAUAUCGAUUGUCAUCAGGUUCUUUAAGAAUACCUUGGAAUACUGGGAUGAUUUGAGCAAGAAAUUUAGUUACACCACUGUGAAGCAAAUUGUGAAUGGCGACAACAACCAAAAACUCGAUGAUUCCUACGAUUUAAGUUAUGAUUUGACAGUGGAUGAAGCCCAGGCGAUUGAAGCCGACGAGGAGGAAGAAAAUUACCGCGUCAGUUUCAUCACCACCAAUAUUCUCAACUCUAGUGAAAGGCCCUUGCCGUAUCAUGCCAAAACACAGUCUUUUAGUACAGACAAUGCUUAUCCACAUACUCCCAAAUCAGUGACUUCACACAGAUCUGCAUCCCCGACCAGAGGUCAUGAGGGUUCUGACUCGAUGUUUUCGGGCUACAGCUCAAACUCGUCGGCCUCUUCAGCGUUCACGCUCACGUCGUCCACGAAUUCGAGUGCAAACGUACCCAAUCCAAGUCCGUACCCCAAGAAAAAGCUCUCGGACGUAUCAAAUUUGUUCCUUCAACAUCCUCCCCAGAAGUACAAAUUUGAAAGCACAUUAAAAACAGGGACCAUUAAUAGCCAGCAUUCAAGAUCGAAGUCAUUACCGCCACAGCUCAACAUGGAAUCUACGGUGCCAGUAAAAAAACCCGUUAUCAGAGGGAGAAAGGUUGGCGAGUUGGCCAAAUUAUUUGAAGAAAGAACACAAGGAUUGGAGCUCUUGAGCAGUAUGUGAAUCUUGGUUCUGAUUUUUCUAUUGCAUUAUUUUUAUCAGCAU